AACAGGGCAAAGAAAAAAUGAACCCAUCUAAAAAGUUGCUAGAUCAGAUCUUUAACCCAAAGAACGUUGUGUACGAAGGAGGACGCCGGAAUGAACAGGGCGGAGAGAAGCAUGGCAGAAGCAAAUCCAAACCAAUCACUAACUUAAUGAAUGACCUUAAGAAGAAAAAGGAUAAAAAAUUGAAUUUUGUUCGAAGAAGAGAGCAAGAACAAGAAAAGAAAAAUCAGAAGAGUUCUAAAUCAGUAGAGGCUCAAGGUCGUAGAAUGGUGCUUCAUCGGCUUUCGAACGGUAAUAUUCCAGCAUAUACUGCCGGGCCUCUCCAAAGGGAGCGAUAUAUUAACCCUAAGAUGGAAGCAGAGCUUGUUACGUUUAAAUAAAGAGGUUGAUAAGAGGUUCAAGAAAUCGCUCCUUAAGGAUUAUAAAUUCCCUCUAAAAGAUAGAGAAACCCAGCGGUUACAUGAACAUCGUGGGGGAUAUGUCCUUCCACUUAUUCAUCAAGACCUGAGCAAGAAUUCGGACACGAAGGAUAAUAAGAUUGUCAAGAAUAUUCUAAGCAAUCUUACUAGCUCUUGCCAAAAAUUUGAUGAAAAUGUUAUUUCAAAGGAAGGAAUUAAAACUUCGAGAGAAACUGUUAAUUACGAUAGAAGCCAGAAACCAAUGAUUGGAUCUGUAACCGUACGGGAGCAUACCCACGAGAUGAAGCCACGCUACACAGACAGCCAAGCUGGCUCGAUCUCGUUGAAAUAACAAGAAGCGUUUGUUCGCGAAGAUUCAGCAAUUGUAUCAAAAACCUGGAAAUAUUUCUGAGAAUACUUCCAAAGAGUCUAUGAGUGGGAACAACAAGUUAUACAUCACUUAUAAGAACAAAGUCCAGAAACCUAAGAAGAAGAGGACAAUUAUUAAGGACCAAAGUGACAUUGAAGUUCAGAUCAGCAGGAAACUGGAGAGAGCCAACUCCUCAAAGGAGUUUGUCUCCAGGAAUAAUGAUGGUUCGAGGAUUUCAAAGAAGAGCCAAACUGGGUCAGAGUUACACAACGAGUCAAGCACAAAUUUUGGGUUUUAUAAGACUUAUAAGAACCCUUCUGCUGAGUUCAACUCUUCACAGUCCCAAUUAGGCAAGUAUAAAAGGAGGGUGAAUAAGGCAACGGUUAAUUGCCAAAAUCCCAAUCUCACUUCUGUAUUUAAGUCAAAGGCACAUCUUACAGCUGAGGAGUUCAAGAAGUUGACUCAGGAGACUAGGAUGCUUCGGAAGAAAUCAAACAGUAGUCUCAAAUACAAGCUUACAAAGAGUAGCGAUACCACUAAGAAACUACUGAAGAAGAAGAGUUUGAAGCUCCUUAAAAAUUACGAGCCAAGGAACUACCCCCAGAUAGUGGACUUUAACCACUCAGAGGAAGGCUCUGCAGUAAGGAAGCCUUCCCAACCUCCUAAGAGCAGGAACACGAAGAACUUCCAGACUGAAAGAAAGGAAUCCAGAGAGAGGAAGAGUAAUUUCAGGAAUUUACCUAGGAAUAAUUACCAAUUGACUAGAAUAAAGUCAGUGAAAAGGUCUAAUUCAAGGAAUUUGUCAUCGAAUAGAAAUUAAUGAUUCAUUUUGUGUG